GCUCACACGGAGUCUGGAUCGAUUGAUCGGCUAAAUGUUCUGUCAUUUAAGCUAUCAUCCGUCUCUCCCGUCGAAUCACUGCUCUCUCCUCUCUCUCCUUUUCUGCUAGUUCGCCGCGCAUGCCUCCCUUAUUAUGAUCUCCUGGCCCCUCGGCACCCAACUCCCGUCCGCGUCCAAUCUGCAGUGAACGCCUUUUAUUUAAGCCGCCUGCGAAAACCUACUAUUUACUCCAAACUCUUCACCCUGACCAGGUCCUUUGGACAGCUCGAAAAAUGGUGCCAGCGAGGGCUGGAUGGGAUAUGAAAGGCACUGGUGGGUGACAGUGGCUGCGGGGUAGGAAGAAGGAGGACGAUGCUCUACGCUUCCUUCCUUCGUGGCCGCUUCUGGAUGCGCGCUCGGAUGACUACGAGUUUUGUGCCCUCCGCCACUAUUCGCACGCCGUCCAUCUUCUCCCGGAAUCGUAGAAUCCCUUUCUCUUUCGCGGCCGGAGAAACGCCGAUGAAGGCUGGGAUUUACGUGCCGCCAAUCCAGCGGCUUCGGUCGGUUAUAGCUUCUGCUAAUGAGAGUGUCGUCAGUACCUCACGCUCAGCCGACUAUGAUUGGCGCGACUCUCUCCGGCAGCUCCCCUCGUCGAUUGAAGCAGACAGAUUUCCGUACUACCGCCAGCAGAGCUCACAUUACGCGAGGUAUGCAUACGAGGAUUACUCGGAUGAUGAGUCCGAUAGGGACGUUGAUGUUUCUUCAACUUCAGGCAAGGGAACUUCUACUUUAGACAAUGUUGAUGAGUGGAAAUGGAAAUUCAGUAUGCUUCUCCGUAAUGAGUCUGAGCAAGAGUUAGUAUCCAGGGAAAGGAAAGACAGGCGUGACUACGAGCAUAUUGCAGCUGUAGCUGAAAGAAUGGGAUUGCAUAGUCGUCAGUAUGCAAAGGUUGUUGUCUUUAGCAAGCUUCCAUUGCCCAAUUACCGACCAGAUCUCGAUGAUAAGCGCCCACAAAGGGAGGUGUCAAUUCCUAUUGGGUUGCAAAGGGAAGUGGAGUCUUUGCUUACAGACUAUCUUACUCGAAAGAGAGCUAAUCCAGAAAGCUUCCCAAGCAGUAGCUUUUCUAGGUCUAGCAGCGCUGAUAGUUUUUCUAUGGAUGAUGGCUUCUUUGAGCAGCAGGAUACCCAAACGUCGACCUCAAUUGUGAUGGAAAAGAUGCUAAGGCGGAGGAGCUUACAGCUACGAAACCAGCAAGCUGCUUGGCAGGAAUCUCCAGAGGGUCUAAAGAUGCUUGAAUUUCGUAAAAGUCUCCCAUCUUACAAAGAAAAAGAGGCAUUGUUGCAGGCCAUUUCUCGAAAUCAGGUGGUUGUCAUUUCAGGUGAGACAGGAUGUGGUAAGACAACACAGCUACCUCAGUAUAUUCUAGAAUCUGAGAUUGAUAAUGGUCAUGGUGCAACUUGUAGUAUCAUUUGCACUCAGCCUAGACGAAUAUCUGCCAUGGCUGUAGCUGAAAGAGUCGCUGCGGAAAGAGGGGAAAAUUUGGGUGAAUCUGUUGGUUAUAAGGUUCGACUAGAAGGUAUUAAAGGGAGGGAUACUCGCCUUCUUUUCUGUACAACAGGAAUUUUAUUGAGAAGAUUGCUUGUUGACCGAAAUUUGAAAGGUGUUACCCAUGUUUUUGUAGAUGAGAUUCAUGAACGUGGAAUGAAUGAAGAUUUUCUCCUUGUCGUCUUGAAAGACCUACUGCUUCAUAGGCCAGAGCUUAAGUUGAUUUUGAUGAGUGCAACUCUGAAUGCUGAGCUUUUCUCUUCAUACUUUUCUGGCUCUCCCAUGAUGCAUAUACCUGGUUUUACGUAUCCUGUUCGGACCCACUUUUUGGAGAAUGUUCUUGAAAUUAUUGGACACAGGCUGACUCCUUAUAAUCAAAUUGAUGAUUAUGGACAAGAAAAAAGCUGGAAAAUGCAAAAGCAAGCUCUUAGGAAAAGGAAGAGCCAAAUUGCAACUUCUGUUGAAGAUGCACUCGAAGCCGCUGAUUUUAGAGACUGCAGCUCUAGAACUCGUGAAUCACUAGCUUGCUGGAACCCUGAUUCAAUUGGUUUCAAUCUAAUAGAGAGUGUUUUAGUCCAUAUAUGUCAAAAGGAAAGGCCAGGUGCCAUUUUGGUUUUCAUGACUGGAUGGGAUGACAUUAAUUCACUCAAAGAACAGCUGCAAUCUCAUCUACUACUUGGAGAUCCUACCAAGGUUUUAAUUCUCCCAUGCCAUGGGUCCAUGGCCAGCUCCGAGCAGAGAUUAAUAUUUGAUAAGCCACAAAAUGGAGCCAGAAAAAUAGUCCUUGCUACAAACAUGGCUGAGACAAGUAUCACCAUAAAUGAUGUUGUUUUUGUUGUUGAUUGUGGGAAGGCAAAAGAAACAUCGUAUGAUGCGUUAAACAAUACCCCAUGUUUGCUUCCAACAUGGAUUUCCAAGGCUUCUGCUCGACAGAGAAGAGGAAGAGCUGGUCGUGUGCAACCCGGGGAAUGUUAUCAUCUGUAUCCAAAAUGUGUGUAUGACGUUUUUGCAGACUACCAAUUACCAGAACUUCUAAGGACACCAUUACAGUCUCUUUGUUUGCAAAUCAAAAGCCUAAGGCUUGGAAGCAUAUCGGAGUUCUUAUCAAGGGCUUUGCAAUCUCCCGAAGCAUUAUCUGUCCAAAAUGCUAUUGAAUAUCUGAAAGUUAUCGGUGCAUUAGAUGAGAAGCAGGAAUUAACCAUUCUAGGACGGCACCUAGCAAUUCUACCAGUUGAACCAAAACUUGGGAAGAUGCUCAUCUUUGGGGCUAUUUUCAGAUGCCUGGAUCCCAUUUUGACUGUCGUUGCUGGUCUAAGUGUUAGAGAUCCAUUCCUUACCCCAUUUGACAAGAAGGAUCUUGCAGAUUCUGCAAAGUCUCAGUUUUCUUGCCGGGACUACAGUGACCAUCUUGCACUUAUUCGGGCCUAUGAGGGUUGGAAAGAUGCUGAGAGGGAUCAUUCUGGAUAUGAUUACUGCUGGAAGAACUUUCUUUCUGCUCAGACUAUGAAGGCAAUUGAUUCUCUUAGAAAGCAGUUCCAUUUUCUGCUUAAGGAUGCUGGUCUUGUUGAUGAGAACUUGAUGUCAUACAACAUUUGGUCUCGUGAUGAGAACCUUGUCCGGGCAGUUAUAUGUGCUGGCCUCUUUCCUGGAAUUUGUUCAGUUGUGAACAAGGAGAGAUCCAUAGCUUUGAAGACUAUGGAGGAUGGGCAAGUCAUGCUUUAUUCUAGCUCUGUCAAUGGAAAGGAGGCCAAGAUUCCUUACCCGUGGUUAGUUUUUAACGAGAAAGUUAAGGUGAACUCCGUAUUUCUUAGGGAUUCAACUGCAAUUUCUGAUUCAGUAUUACUGCUAUUUGGAGGGAACAUUUGCAGGGGCGGGCUUGAUGGACACUUAAAGAUGUUAGGUGGCUACCUUGAAUUCUUCAUGAAACCAGAUUUAGCAUAUACCUUUAUAACCCUUAAGAAAGAGCUAGAGGAGUUGAUUCUGAACAAGCUUCAAAACCCUAGAAUGGACAUACAAACCAGAGAGGAGCUGCUGCAUGCAAUACGCUUGCUUGUUACCGAGGAUCCAUGCAGCGGUCAGUUUGUAUUUGGUCGUCAGGAGCUUCAGCCCAAGAUAAUAAAAAAUCUACUUCCGAUAAGUUCGGGCAAUGGGGGCGGUGGUGAUAAUCCCAAGAACCAACUUCAGAUGAUGCUAACAAGAGCAGGGCAUGAAAAUCCAACGUACAAAACGAAGCAGUUGAAGAGCAAUCAGUUUAGAGCUACGGUUGAGUUCAAUGGGAUGCAAUUCAUCAGCCAGCCUUGCGUAAACAAAAAACUAGCAGAGAAGAAUGCUGCUUCCGAGGCAUUGGACUGGCUGAUCGGCGGGGCCUCAUCUGGCUUUCAAGAUUUUGAUUAUAUGUCGAAGGCCCUUAAGAAGAGCAAGAAGCAGCAUCAUAGGAGAACCUGAAACCAGAACAGGAGCACCUCACUGCCCUCUUUUCAUGGGCGAAUUAUUAGGUCCGGUCACCUGACACAGAAAUACAUCUGAAUUUCUCUCUAUCUAUAGUAAAGCAUAGUUGCUGUAGCAGUUGCGCUUUCACUGGACUUUUACUGUAGACAGAGAGAAAUCCGGAUGCAUCUCUCUGUCAGGCGACCGGACCUAAUAAUUUCCCCUUUUCAUGAAGGAUUUCUCAUUGUAGAAGGCUUUCAUGAUUUUUCCCAGGCUGGUCUUUGCUAAUCGGCUCUAUUAUAGGCCGGAUCAUGCCGUCAGGUGAGCUUUACAGGAUUUCUUCUGGUUCAGUGUCAAUUCGUUUAAAACUAGCAUAUAAUAGUUGUAAUAUAAACACCAUUUAGCUUCACCAUAUGUCCUCUGAAUGUGGGAGAAAUUUUCUUAUCAGUAUUUAUUUAAGAUUGGUUACACGGUUUUGUUGAAAAAACUUUCAGAUGGCUUGUCAUGGCCAGAUUUCCCCUGUACAGAGUAUCAAAAUAGUAAGGAUGUUAGUUGUAUUAUCCUGGGAUUAUUCUAAACAUUCUUAGUUUUGAAAGUCUAUAGCUGUUCAUUUAUGGUUUUU